AAACAUUAAUAUUUAAGUUAGUUUAACUUAUUAUAUGUAUUAAAGUAUUGAAAAGUUUUUACAGAAUAUUUUCAUUAAAUAUGAAGUUUUUAAUUGCAAUUUUGUUGUUUGGAUUUUGUAUGACUGAUGAGCUCAAUACUGAUAUAAAGUGUAAAUGCAAUUUACGCCUGUUUUGGGGACAUAGGUUAGAGACACUGACCCUAACCAAUGGGUCGAUCCCUUUCAGUGAUAAAUGCAAUUCAAAUGACUUUACUCUUUGCACGGAUGCCUGCAAUCAACAGAUAUCAAACGAAACUAACAAUUAUGACUUGAAUAAGCCAAAGGUCGGCGCCGACAACAGUGAUGUUAGUUUAGGGCAACAGUUUUGUGAUCAUUUGAGAGGCGAUAUCAACAAUCAACCCAUUUAUUUGUCGGUUACACUUAAAUGUGAUAUUAAGCUGAAUAUUGUUGCCAAUAACCAAACCAUAGGCACAUCAGUAUCUGAGUCGUCGAUCUCCCGAUUUAUGAACAGCGGCUUCAAUCAGACACUUACUUGUAUUGGCAAAAAGUUUACCGAACCUACCAGUGCUUAAAAAAUUGUAUAUCAAAAUGUUCAGUAAACAGUUAGGGGUCAUAUAAUUUAUUUACUAUUUUCUUUUUUUUAAAGUUUCAAAUGUUAUUAAUUAUCUAAAAUAUUUGUGUUUAUCAUAUGAUUAAAUAAUAAUUUGAUUAAUUUUCUAUUUCUCAGAAAUAUUUAUCUAAAAAAUUAAUAAAUUGUCAAUUAAUUCAAAAACAUAUCCCAAAAUUUAAUAAUAUUAAUAAACAUAUAUAUUGGUA